GCUCAACUACUCACUAAUACUACGGUAAUCCGGGGACUCAUCUCUGUAUGUUGCAGUCGUAACUCAACAGACUUGUGCUUAUUCAUAUUAUAGUACAUGCUAAUAUGUCACCACUAGCUUCCUCAAGACUCUCGUCCAUAUGUCUUGUCCUUAUUCAUCUCCUCAGUUUUUGUGUCAUCGCUAGUCCUUUGGCAUCCUCCUCAUUGGCCGCCGCGAAUCCCUCCGCCACUUCGACCCCUGCUCAUCCAUUGACCGUAGAUCCUGCAUUUCUAAGCACACCAGGCCCUGUGCUUCCAGCUGGAGCUUCCUCAAAUGAUAUCAAUCUCUGGUAUGAUGGUGAAGAUGCCCGACUCUACAUUGGUUCUAUGUUUUUCAGUGUCAAUGAUCAAAUGGAACGUCAGGUAAAAGUGUCCAUGGUUCCCGGGACCAACGAGGGUAUCAUGAGGAAAGUUGGCACAGUUGUCUUUCCAAGUGCUGAUGUGAAGAGCCAAGUCUUUGCAAUUUUACAGACUUGUGGAUUCAAAAGUAUGAAUCCGAAAAAGCCUCAGACCGCGAGGGGACAUUACUUCAUGUCUGUCAUCAAAAAAUUGGUCGAUACUUCGAAGCGGAACUCCAUUCCAGUGACGGGUGAGAAUGGCAAUGAUGUGAAGAUGGUGCUGGAAAGUUUGUUGCGAGAUAACGAUAACGAGUUCCUAGGAAAGACAAGGAAGAAGCAGGGAAACCGUUACACACCAUAUUAAUCAGCUUGAUGACUGUUCGAAACACAUGUCACUUAUCUAAUCCCUCCCUUUGCAGUUCCUGUCUUCUGACUACCAUCUGACU